AUGGGCAAAGCAUCCCCGAAAGCAUUUGUGAAACCUGCCUCAGACACAUCUGGGCAGAGGGCUGCUCCAACCACAACUGCACAGAAAAGACCUCAACGGCAGAAACUCAGCACCCGCCUCAAGCCUCCACAGUCUCCCGGCGGGGAGGGACUUAGUAUCUCACAGAGUCCAGGACCAUGGAUGCCAGAAGCAUACCCGCUCUCAAGCCUGGAGAAGCCAAGCCAACACACUGGCAUACCUCCCUCAUGCAGCAAAACCCAGAGGCUCACCCACUAUACCGAGCCGAGGCAUUGGCUGACAUGGACAUGCCACUCCAAACACACCACCCGCAUGCCUCAAGGACACAGUUCUCUAUGUCAAAACUGGCACCAGGGUGCUCAACUAUGCCCUUCUACACCCAUACGGCAAUUUCAUUUCAUGUUAUAG